AUGGAAAAUUAUUGUUCAAGAUUAUUUUUAAUUAUUGUGUUGUCAAUAUUUGGAUUUAAAUUUAUAAGGGCUGGAAGGCUCUGGGUAACUACGGAUGAACUUGAAAAUCACAUAAGUCCAGAAGAUAUGAACGAGUUUCUUAAAUGGAGUGCAAGAAGUAACUCAUCUUUAACAACAACUGUACGUUCUGAUGCAGAAGUGUAUGCUAAUUUUGAGGAAACAACGACUAUACUUCCAAUCCCUGAUAUAGUGGAUUGUUUUGGGUUAGGCUCUUUAACUCGCCAGAUAUGGCUGUUUAAUAUGCGGCCAGGCUCUUCCAAUGAUGUUAAUACACAUUACUAUUUCUCUUCACGCCUUAAACCCAAGAGAGUUCAGGUAUAUGCUGGAUCACAAUUUGGAUUGGAGUGGGUUGAUUUCAAUCCGAAUAGAAAAACUAUAUUAAUUGUCCACGGGUUUAUGAGUCACAGUAACGCGUCUUGGGUAUUGGAUAUGACAACUGCAUUUUUAGAAUGGGACGAUGUAAAUGUGAUAGUAGCAGAUUGGAGUAAAGGUGGUAACACAUGGAAGUACUGGCGAGCUGUUGCCAAUACGCGGACUGUUGGAUCCGAUAUUACCGGGUUUAUGAAGCAACUUAUAGGAGCAACUGGUGCAAGAGUGAAAGAUUUCCACUUUGUGGGACAUAGUCUAGGGGCCCACAUAGCUUCUUAUGUAUCAUAUCAUAUUGGGAGAGUUGCGAGGAUAACAGGCUUAGACCCAGCUCAGCCAUGUUUUCGAACAUCCAAUCGAGUUGAACGUUUAGACGAGACAGACGCUGAUUUUGUAGAUGUUAUACAUACAAAUGGAAGGUUGUUGCAAAAAAUUGGUUUUGGACUGCCGGAUCCUAUAGGUCAUGCAGAUUUUUAUCCCAACGGAGGUAUGAAGCAGCCGGGCUGUGCUAACAAGACUAACUCGAUAUGGGCGAGAUUGCUGCCAAUUUCACCGUCAAAACUUCAACAAGCUAUAUGCAGUCAUGGGCGUGCCUAUUUAUUAUUUACGGAAUCUUUAAUAAAUAACAACUGUACAUUCAGAGCGCAUCAAUGGAAUUUAACAUAUGAAGGAGUUAAUGCGAGUCUGUUAGCGCCUUGUAAUCGUUUAAUAUCGCCAUGCUCAGUAAUGGGUAUAAAAGCGGUCGGAGGUUCAGGGCUGCGUCGCGCCAAUGGCCCUUAUUUUGUAUUGACUUCUGAGAAACAACCUUAUUGUCAGUUCGAUAAACGUCAUCCACUGCCUGAGUUGCUACGAGACCUACGUCAAGGGUUCCGCUUAGACCGGUCGACUAAAAUAAGACCUACGCCGACAUCAGCGUACGCUGAUCCCGAUCUAAUAUUUGAUGAUGUUACUACCACCACAAUUAGUCCUACUACUACUAAGAGUUGGUUCUGGGGCCUUAUUAGUUCUUUGGGA